CUGCAUGUUGACGAUCCGCUCCUCUCCUAUCCAGGAUCACGAACUUUUCAAUCGCUGAGUAUAUAAUAGUACGUUAGAUCGGACACAUCUUGAUGAUGUUGAUGUAAAGUUUCUGCUGGCUUGCAUCACUGAUCAGCCAGUGCCGAUGUACAUAACUUUGCAGCUAGAGAAAAUUCAGUCUGUCUGCAUAUGAGUUAUCGCGGGAGAUAACUCGAACGGGAUUUCGGAAACGAAUAAAAUGUUUGCAAGGGCUUACAAAAAAGAUGCACAUCAACCUGUAGCGCUUUAAAUUAUUAAUGAUAAUUAUUCUAAUCAUAUCUAAAUUACAAAAUCUGAUCUGAUCUACUGAUUUAUGGUAUAUUGCUCUAUGUAAAAUGAAACACCAUCCUGACGGUUCUCAGUACCAAAAAUUUACGCAAUAUGUGACGUCAGCGGGAACGAGACUCGAGUACAAAGUGAAUGACAGAGCAUGACAAAAACAUCCCUACACGGAUAUGGAGUUUGUACUAUUUGGAUGGAGGUGUGAACAUGAUGAGAUGCCUGUUGGCUGUAUAAAAGAAGAGAAGAAAAGAUCCUUCCAUAUUUUUCCAGAGUGUCUUUCCGCCAUUAAUAGCAGAGAACCUUUUAAGUUUGCAGAUUUGCAAAGACUCUUUGGAAAAGAUUUUAAAAGCAUGACAACCAACAGCAUUCUGGAAGAAUUCAUGGAUGCAGUGAUUGAUGAACUAACAAGCCUUUUCGAGAAGUGGAAGAAGAAGAAAUUUGAAUUAUGUUCUUAUCUAAAUAAAGAAGAUUUUCCUAAGAAGAUAAUUGUCAUUGUUUUCUGUUAA